GCCCCCUUCGGUGCGGAGAGGUUCGGAUUCGAGGUUAGAUUCAGAAUUCUAGGUUUAGUCGAGCUUAUCAAUUCAGGGUCUGUAUAUAUAUAUCAAUUCAGGAUUGACAUGUGCCCUUCUGCAAUUGAGUCUGUGCCAGUUGGCAUUGACAUUCAUUCACCUGAUGAAGAACUUGUACUGUUCUUGGAUCAAAGGAAACCUGGGGAUGCCAUUCCAGACAAUGUUGUCACUGAAGUGAAUCCUUUCAACGUUGAACCAUGGAAUUCUCCUGAAAACAUUUGGUAUCUGUACCAUUCAGGGGCCCCGAGAUCUCCUAAUGGGAACUCUGAAAUGAAAGUAACAAGAUCUGGAUAUUGGAAGCCAACAAAUGAUCUUAAAAUUUAUACAAGUACCUGCGCUAUUGGUAGAAAAAUGACCCUGGAAUUUUAUAGAGGCAAAGAACCUUUUGGAGAAAGAACUGGGUGGGUGAUGUAUGAGUAUCAGGCGGAACAGCAUAUGUCAAAUGGAUAUAAUUCCUGGUUCGAAAUACCGUACCGUACCGGAGUUUCGAUCUGGGCUCGGUACCGGUACGGUACGGUAUACCGCUCGGUACACCCAGGUGUACCGAGCGUGCCGAGCACUGUUGCAGUGCUACAGUGCUGCUACAGUGUCGGAACGGUAACAUAUGGUCCGCGUACCGAAAGUCUGUCGUACCGGGCGGUACGGACCGGUAUGGCAAACCAUGCCUCAAAGAAGAACUAUGGUUCCUUGUGUAGAGUCUUUCAGCAAACUGAUAGAAGGACAAAUCAAGAAGAAAGUUUUUUUUCUGCUAGUGCAGGUGAUUCUGGUGGUGAGUACAUAGAACGAAUAUUGUUGACCCUUCUAGAGAAAGAAGAGGGCAACUCAUCCUCGAGGAUUUCAGCCAACAAUUCCCAGACUGUCGCUGAGAAAGGUCAGGAGCAAUCAGCAUUAUCCAGCAGGAGGCCUGAUGAUCCUUUACCUGAGAAUUCUAAUGAGAACAUGUUUGGAACUUGUGAUUUUUCAAAUGGAGAAUUCUUGGAGAUAAAUGAUCUAUAUUGUCCGGAGAUACCUUCAGCUAGUUCAGAUAAUUCUAGCCUCAUGUCAGUAAAUUCUGAUGAAUUCUUUGAUACUGAUGCAUUAUUGAGGGAUAUUGAGACUGACCAUGGUCUUGGAGUAGAAGAAGAGCUUACGUAUCACAGGUUCAGUAUCUCUGUACCUACAGAAUCAAGUCAGGUGGUUAUCAGGCCUUCCCCACCAGGUAUAUCAAUUCUGGUCCCCUUCCAUUGUAGUUCAAUUAAUAGAACUGCUGAUCUUGUGAUUGAAGAUAGCAAUCCAGCAAGUUGGUUGAUUAGAAAUGGAGUGACUUCACACCCAGAACAUUCCUCAUCAACUGAUGAGUUGUGGCACGAUGGAAAGGCUUCUACAACUAGUAAAUCUCAGGGCAGUCAGGACAACCGAAUUGCCGAUACCACACAUAGACGCAGGACUUUAAAGGGGAAUGGAUUAAAAUCAGUCCGAAAGAUUGCAAAGAUAGGAAGAAAAUACUGUUGCUUCGGAUCAUUUUGAUAUAACCUGCCUCGUCAUACUGGUUAGAGAGGAGAUAGGAGUAUGGUCUUGGGUUUCAAAACCCAGAAAGAAACUUCUUGGUAAUGCAAGUGUUUGAUGUUUUAGCUGGAAGCCAACACAAGGAGUUGUAGAGAAGAUUGGGAACUUAAAACACCCAUCUUGAAGUCAACUGGCAAAUCUAAAUUGCAGAUUUCAAAGUGCUACUGCCUGAUGUAUUUAGGUUCCUAGGGUUAAUUUUAUUUGUUUCACGGAAGUCUCAUACAUGUGGUUGGAGUUUAUGCAUCUUGGAAUUCUCAACACAUUUACCUGUAAGGCAGCAAAUAACACAGUUUUGUACAUUUUGUUGAUAUAACGUGGUUUCUUUUAUCUUAAACAAUUACAUUGUUCAAUCAAUAAUUACAUAUAUACACAUUGAUUUCA